UCACUAUUGACAGAACCAUCGCUAUUGACAGAAUCAUCGCUAGUGACAGAACCAUCACUAGUGACAGAACCAUCACUAUUGACAGAACCAUCACUAUUGACAGAACCAUCAGUGCUGACAGAACCAUCGCUUGUGACAGAACCAUUGCUGGAGACAGUAACGUUCCUGCCCCGAGUGAUGGUUCUGCCUCCAGGCAUUGUGCCACAGCCUAAGGAUGACAUCCCCUACACUUCGCCCAUGUUCGCGGGAGCUGAGCAAGUGAUCGCAGAGUCACUGCCACCGGCCCUCACUGCGGUUGAUCCGCAGCCCCGAUUCGAUGUCAAUUCCAGUAGGCCUGAGACGUUUGCCAAUCGCAAACCAUCAGCGGCAACGACUGAGCCGCUCGGCCCAGAGAGCCCUGCCACCAGCGUGCAGGCCCCGGCCCAAUUCUCACGGGAUCUGUCCGUGACCGGUGACUCAGAUUUACGCGCGUUCACUGCACCGGGAGAUGCUCGGGAGGAAGCGAGAUUGUUCUUGAGUGGCGACGAGCAGGGCCGCAGUAAUUCCGUCCCGAUCGUCGACCGAACCUCGACGACCUCGGAAACGUCAGCGCAGCGAUCGCACAAUCCGCCCGGACCUCCGCACCCGACGCGAGGUCAGAGCUCGAGGGUCGUGCACGCUUCUCAGUGCUGCGCCACAACUGGGGCCACGAGUGAAAGUUCUUCAGUCACAAUGGUAGCCUCUCCAGAUCCUGAUGGGCAAAGUGGAGCUGCUGCUGCUGCUGCUGGUAUUCCCCUUGCUCGAAAAUUAGAGGAUGUAUGGGGUCAAGAAAUGCCUGAUCCCGAAACCACUACGGUCCCGGUGCCCACAACUAACAAAUUGAAUGACAUCUACAAAGUACCGCCCACGUCACCCUUUUCUGCAUCGCACGCAGAUUUGCAAGCGGCGCGGGAUGUCGUGGCCACUGAGCAGAGGGGGAGGCCCUCGGUGCCAUCGUUUACCAGUGGAGACGCGGCGCCUCUCGCGCAGCCUUCGUCGGCUGAGCAUCGCGGUGCAGCUGCUGCUGCCAAUACAAAGAGGGAGGAGACGUCACAUAUCCUAUGGGGAACCGCUCGCGAAAUCACACGAGCAGCUGCCAGCGAUUACGAAAAGCUGCGCUUGUCUUUUUUGGACGCUGUCAAAACGAACGAGGUCGGAGUGGCACGCGAGGCCGCCACGCCGUCACGGACAGCGGCGCCGGUUCAGGUCAAACACCCAGGAGGGCCCGGAGGAAGAGCCUCGAUUGACGAGGUCACGCACGCACACGGCGAGGUUCAUUUGACAGCGGGUGUCGUCGAGUCCCGCCUUGGGCUAAGUGAUGGAGCAAAGAUUUUACAAGUAGCAGAUGAUUCUAAGCCUACGCAGUCAGUUCAGUUGUUAAUUACCUCUCAUGGCCAUGAGCAUUUAACAUCUAGCCGUCAGUCUGGGGCUAAUGAUCGUUUGUUGGGUAAUGUUUUGGAAGACAACACAACCCAACAAAGGUCACUUCAAGCACACCCCACUGUGCCUGCUCGUGUCACGGGAGGUCAUUUGAUGUCUGCUUUGUUCAGGCCUGGGAUGCUCGCGUGGCAGGACGUCAGAAGUGGCACAGCGCCCCGCAGUACUGUACCUUCGUCUGAGCCCACAGCCUCUCGGCUGUCUGUCAUCGACAGCCACGGCAACAUUUCCAAAACAUUUGCGCCGGCGCCGACGACGCUGCCGUGGGCGGGUCGCCACGCGACCCCACAAACAGCGGCGCAAGAAAAACCACAGCCGACUGACAGCAGUGAGACCGUGUCGACCCCGAACACCCGUGCACAAACACCGUGUCCAACGGUAACGCCGUCCGCGCGAGCAAAGGACGGCGAGGUGCCACAGUUUGCGCAGAAACACGCUGACGAUGAAACGUCUCUCGGAGCGGCAUCGCUGAGUGCGCGCACCGCGGCCGCACGUUUACGCGUGUGGCCGCCCCCUCGUCCCACGCAGCAGGCGAGCUCGCGUCUCAUAACAACAACAACAACAGCUGCUGCUGCUGCUGCUGCUCCCGCGCGGGCGGAUGAGGCAACUCGACUCGAGACCGGCGGCCCUCGGGGCAACGUGAAUUAUUCAGGCGGAUCGAAAGUUUGGGCUGCGCCAAGGCACGACGCGACGGCUCGCGUUUCGCUCGGCUCCGUCCCGCAGGUGCAGGCACAAGCGGUCACGACGAAUGAACACGACAGCGUCGUGACCCCGACAUUGGCGGCACUGACACCCGGCCUAACAGCUUCGGCCGGUCCCGCUCAUGGUGGAGCAUCGCAGACCACACUCCACCCGAUUGCAGGCGCAAUAGAAAACAGUAGUUCUGAUGUUAUGGACCGCAUGGACAGUUCGAUCGGUGUUACUACACCUGGGCUGCUCACAGGGUCUCUCGCUACACGCAUGGAGGAAAGUGUUUUCCAUGAGCGAUCUGAAAGACCAGAAAACCCUCAGGAUACUACUCAACCACGUCUCUCUGAGCAGCAUUUAAACACACAGCCUCCAGAUAUGCCUGAAUUGCGGACACCAAUUGCGGGGUCACAGGAAACGCCAGAAUUCACCUCCAAACCCACUCUACAUUUACAGCCGCAUUUGAAUCGAGCGGUGAGCACCAGUCUCCCAAGAACUCGCACCAAACUUGACCUAAUCGCCGCUUCCACGGAAGAAAUUCACGCCGCGUCCCACGGGAAGCCGCCUGUGACGAGCCCGUCCGGCCCGAUCGCAGGAGAACUCGGCACCACCGCUCGACAAAGCGCGACUGCGCUCACGAGCCGCCGCCCGCACGGCACGCGGCACGCCGCUGUCGUCUCGCGCCCAACAACGGACGCCGAGAAAUUAGUUUCAAGCACAUCUGGAGCGGAGCUCCGCUGGGAGUCUGGCACUAAUCUCGGAGGUGACACGCAGACCCCCGCCUUGCCGGCGCCGACGGACUCGUCCCGGGGGCAUCCAGAGCCUCCGCUGGGCAGCACCGCGGAGCCACCGCCUGACGGUUCCGAGCCACUCCCCGUCGACACAUGUGGUGGCGUGCUGGCCUGGACGCGGGCCGGCGAGAUCCGCAGUCCGGGGUUUCCGCGCGCCUACCCGAGCGGCGCCGACUGCACGUGGGAGGUGCGGGCGCCGCCGGAGUUCACGCUGCGCUUGGCCGUGCAGGCGUUGGGUCUGGAGGAGCGGCGCCACUGCGACUACGACUCGCUCAGCGUUUACGACGGCACGGGGGCCGGCAGGAGGCUCCUUGGGAGGUUCUGCGGCUUCAAGCUGCCACUCCCGCUGCACAGCUCGGGGAACUCUCUGACCCUCGUGCUCAAGUCAGACGCCUCCGUGGAGCACGAGGGCUUCUCGGCCAAGCUCACCCUCGUGAAACGGCCGAGGCCGGCCGUGCUGGAGUCGUGUGCCGCGCUCAGGGAGGCCGGCGUGCUGCUGUCCGGGAGGUACACCGUGGACCCGGACGGGCCCAGGGGCAAGGCGGCCCCGUUCGAGGUGUUCUGUGACAUGACCUCCGACCCCGCUUCAGGGGUCACAGAGGUCGGCCACGAUAGUGAGGCGCGCAUGCGCGUGUCCCCGUGCGAGGAGGCCGGCUGCUACCGGCGCGACGUUCGCUACGACGCCAAGUUCCACCAAAUCCGAGCACUCGUCGCCGUCUCCAGCGACUGCGAGCAGCACGUCAAGCUCCACUGUCGCCACAUCCGCUUCCUGGGGGCCGGCUGGGGAUGGUGGGUGUCGUGGGACGGACGGAGGAUGUUCCACUGGGGAGGGGCCGAGCCGGGCAGCGGGAAGUGUGCGUGCGGCAUGACCGACUCUUGCUAUGCCCCCGGCAAGCCGUGCAACUGCGACGCCAACGACCACAUCUGGCGUGGGGACGAGGGCCUGCUGACGUCGCGGGCAGCGCUGCCGCUGCGCGCCCUUCACCUGGGGGACACGCGCGACGCGCCGCUCGAGAUGGCCUACCACACCAUUGGGAAGCUGCGGUGCCGCGGCAGGGCCGAUCCUGACGGGGGCCUGUAGACUCGCCAGCUGUCUGCACAAGUGGACGUUGACAAGUGACGUGGUGUCACGCACGCAUUCCGAAUACAAUAGACUGUCAGUGCAAGGACUGUUAGCGAGCACAAGGGGCCAGCACCACGCCUGGCUGCCUUUGUUUCUCCAGGUGCUGCUGCCGGACCUCGCUGCACGCGGUUACAAUUUUGGGCUGAGUCAACCUAGAGUCAUGACGUAGCAGUUGUUGCCGGUGUUGUACAUAACAAGGAUUUAAACUUGGGUAGUCAGGAUUGCGCGGCAUGGACCAAUAUGACCCCAUUCCCCACGCAAGUUGAACACACGGACACACACAACACACGGACACACACAACACACGGACACACACAACACACGCGUGUCUCUAGCUCCACCGUCAGUGGCUUUUACUGCAACGAGUGCAAUGCAAAUAACAUUCAGUAUUGGGAAACCGUCAUUCAAAUGCACGUAAUAAAUCAUGACACAAAUAUGCUGAAAGGGGAAAAUACACAAACCCUGCAUUGAACUAACGCAAGAAAAUGAUCAGCUGUUUUGUUCAUUUCCUAACAGUGUCAUUUAUUUUUUAAGCUUGUACCCCCCUCCAACCAAAAAAAGACAUGAGCCGAUAUUUAUUUGUCUUGUGCAGUUUUAUUCAGAGAGUUUUUAUGCACCACUUUACUUCCAGUGGUUUUUGUUGUUGUGUAACUGCGACCAAUAAACAGAUUAAAA